CGCGCCAAACACGAGCAUAUAUUUUUGCCCCAAAGACUGGUCACACUGCAGCGAAGCGCGAAAUAUUUUUCGAAGUAUUUUUGUGGACCUAGAAAUUGCGAUACUAAUUUCUGCAGAGGAUUAGCCCAGGAGAGACAAGGCGACCAUCAUGUCAGAUGCAGACUACUUGUUCGCGCUGAACCUGCAGAACCAGCUGAAUGCUGAGUCAGACCAAAGUUACACAGCCGCGGAUGCCAGCAAAGACACGGACUACCAGCUGGCACGCAGGAUUCAGGCCCAAAUGGACGAGGGCGAGGAGGGUGGUGAUAGCGAGCUGGACAGCAGUAUCCAGUUCGUCUACCCCAAAUCGAAUCAGCCAAAAUCAACAAAAAUGGAGAACACUAAAAUCAUAAACAAAAAACGAGGAGCGGCUCCCACGAAGCCACCAGUGCGCGCUAUUCAGGCCAGCUAUGAUGACUAUCUCAAUAAGACGAUAAAUCUGGUGCAUCCGCAGUGGGAGCUGGUCGAUCCCACUCCGGACAUCUACUCCAUGUUCAUACGAUUCGACGAGAAGUUCUUCCAAGAGCGCCUGGGCGCCGUCUCCCUGGAAUGGAGCAAGAAGAUGUACUCGUGCGCUGGAAUCUGCUACCAGCGUGGCAAUCGCUUCGUCAAGGAGGUGACCAUUCGGCUCAGUGAGCCGCUGCUAAAGCUGCGUCCGCGCAAGGAUCUCGUGGAGACGCUCUUGCACGAAAUGAUCCAUGCCUACUGCUUUGUGCUCAACAUCCGCGAGGGCAACGGUGGCCAUGGACCCAAUUUCAAGCGCAUCAUGGAGACGAUCAACAAGGUGGCGGGCACCAACAUCACCGUUUACCACACUUUUCACGACGAGGUGGCCUCCUAUCGCACACACAUCUGGCGCUGCACGGGCAUUUGCCGGGAGCGCUCACCCUUUUGGGGCUAUGUUAAGCGGACCAGCAACCGAGCGCCCGGUCCGAACGAUGAGUGGUGGGCGAGGCAUCAUCGUGAGUGCAGCGGCACCUUCAUGAAGUUGGGUGAACCAUCGAAGCCCCCCAAGCCGGAGACCAAGUCCAGGGCUAAGAAGUCCACACCGGCGGUGGCCGCGCCCAAGGAAGACAUACGCAACUGGUUCGACCAGCCGGCAGCCAAGAAAGCGGCCACCGGCACAGCUUUGCUGGGCGAUCUGGCAAAGGCGGUGCCGCCGACUUCUUAUCCCGGACUCUCCUCCGAACCCUUUGCCAUGCCCAAGACCCCAGCUGCUCGCACAAACCGCAACACAAGUGGCGGAGGCAAUGAACUCGACAAAUCAGGUUCGAAAGCCACCACUGAAAUAAGCGGACAGGGCUACAGUCUUGGUGGCUCAAGCGCUAUAGAAAACAUCGAUAUUAGUGACACUGAUGUUCCCGAUCCCGCUAAACUUCGUCAAAUUCGACUUGAGCGUUUUAGCGGAGAUGCUUCCAACAAGGGACAGAAUAAUUCUGAAGCAGAUAUUACCAAAAAGAGGCGUCGUGUUUCCAGCGACGGCGAGAUAAUCACCUGGGAGUCCUACGAUGAUGACGUAAUGGUCAGGGAUGUCCAUGUGCCCUUCGUCAACUUGGUUGACAGCGAUAGUGAUGAAGAGGAGAUGAAGAUGCCAGCUGGCAGGAACACCAUGAGCAGUCAAGAGCGCACGCAGAAUAUCAAGCGCCAGGUAAUGGAGGAUGAGUUGACCUUGUGUGAGGACGAUAUUCUCUUAAUUGAUGAUGAAUACGACGAUGAGAUGGCCGCAAAUGACUCUUUAACAGCCGCCACGGAACUAGCUGACCAAUCCAUCAUUGAUGAUAUUUUUGGAGAGGACACCCUGCUGAAGGAGUUCCAGCGUGAGAACGACGUGCAGCCCACUUGCUCAAGCUACGGCAAGAAUACGGGCAACGACAUUGUAUCUUGUCCCAUUUGCUUUGAGAAGAUGAAGCGCACUGAGUUGUCCAAUCACUUCGAUGGCUGCGCCAUUAUGGUGCGCUUGGAACCGCCAUCGUUUAAGCCUAAAAACCGUCGACCAAGGGCUUCCUUUACCUCUAAGGACUCCUCAGGAUCUUCCACAUCACGCGGCGCCAAAUCGAAAGCCAAGUCAUCAAAACGAAUUCUUCGCAGCUCCGGUUACACAGAAAAGGAGAUCGACGAGCUCAACCUGAGCUCCUCCACUGACUCGUCUGCUCUGCUCUCCAGCGAGGACGAACUUACUCCGCGUCAGCUCCGGCAGCGCAACCUCUUCAAACAGACCGUCGGCUGUCCCAGAUGUGGCCUGGAGAUCAUGCCCCACCACCUGAAGGCGCAUCGAUAUGUCUGCGCGGGUUGCAAGAAGCGCUAGGACGGCACCUUCUGCAAACCAUAAUUCGUUAAAUAGAGAAAGUACUUCAAAAA